AUGAUGAAUAGAAUUCAAACACGAGAAACUCAAGAGAAACAGACUUUAACCACCUCUCCGACGUUAACAAGGAAAGAACUUCCAUCUCUCAAGAUAAGGCUUGUUCAAGAAGAAGCCAUCCAUUUCUCCACGACUUGUAUGAAUCAUGAGAGGAAGCCUUGUUCUGGUGUGUCGAUAUGCUCUCUGGAACCCGAUCACUCCUCACCUGUACACACCACUAGUUGUUCUAUCCAUUCGGUUUCUCCUCAUUCGCCACAUUCAUCACAACGAAAGCAAAUGUUCCCUAUCGUGGAUCAUUCUUGCAUAUCAUACGGGAGCACCAAAACACAACACAUUUCUUCAUAUUUAUGUAAUGAUGUCAUUCAUAUCAUUUGUUCGUUUCUCUCAACGAGUGAUUUGUGGCUUUGUGCUCGACAUAUCAAUAUGGCCUUCCAUGACGAAGCAUUAAGGAAUGAUUUAUGGAGGAGGUUGUAUUUUAACAAGUAUCGAACCAAUAUACAUGAACCCGAGUGUGUGAUACAUCGCGAAGUGUGUGGUAAUCGUACUGUGUGGUGGCAAUUGUACAUGGAAAGAGAGAAAUGGAGCCGAUAUGAUUUUAGCACUAAAGAAAAGGAAAAUUUCGAGUCUCAUGAUUGUUGUGGUGAUCUUUUCUUUUCAACUUCAUCCAGAAAUUUACCAAAGCUUGAGUUUGAUGAAAUCUACCAUUUGAGAAUUAUUACAUUUAAAAAUAUGGCGACCAAACUGGGAUUUAACGAACCCUUCUCACCAAGUUCAACUUUUGAGUGGAAUCUAUUUUUCGAAGUGAGGCAAUUGUCUUUUGAAUCAUUUAAUUUAAUUCCAAGAAUUGACAUUGAAUCAAUAAUUCUACUUGGAAAAAGAAUUCUCAAUGAAUAUACAUGGAAUUUGGAAACCUCUCUUGGUAAACAACAGCUACCAGAGAACACAUUUCUUUCCAUUCUCUACAUUCUAAUUCAAGCUUAUGCUAUUAUUGGAGAUUUUUCAAAAGUUGUUGUUUACAGUUGUGAAAUUAUGGAAAAGAGAAGACAUGAAAUGCCCUGUACAAUGAUCGAAAGGCUUCGAUUUUACAGAGGAUAUUCAUUGUUCAAGAUGGGGCAUUUCACUCAAGCACGAAAGGAUUUGAAAACACAUCUUGAGUUUUUACGACAGAUCAAACAUGAAAAGAGUUUCGACGAUACUAUUCAUUUCUCCACCUAUCAUCUGUUGAAUGUUUUCUAUUCCCUCAUGAUAAACGAAAUCCAUUCAAGAGAUAUAGGUGCUGCUUGUGAAUAUUUUAAGCAGUUGCUUUUGGCGCACUCAAACCUGCAAAUUAGUAAGAUCGAAAAUGAAAAUGAAUUACUCUCGCAGGAUUGGAAAAAAAUUAACUCCAUUUUUCACAACAUGCCUUACUUACCAUUAGCAGAACACUUUUAUGAGAAGCGAAAAUUGAAAUUCGCCAAACACCUCUUUCAACAAUUCGAAUCCCAAACAAUGUCACACAAGAAUUUGAGCACAAGCAAGCGCUUGUCAGAAGAAGACAAGUCACUAUUGAACCAACAAGUGGCAUUUGCAAAGAAAAGACUUGCUCAAAUAAACGCCAUGCUCACCAUGGCGAAGAUGUACUAG